GCGCCGUGAGCGGCGGUGCAUCAACUCAUCCACCGCCCUCCGCCUGCCCUGGCCCCGGCCCGGCCCGGCCCGGCCCGGCCCGGCCGUGCGCCCCUGCGCAGGCGCUCGCUGUUAGAAAAGCUCCACACGGGACAGAUGGGGAACGUGGUUUUUUUAAUCAGCUUUGCCGAGCGCUGAGAGGAGCAGCCGGCGUGAGGUGGGCGGCGGGAUCCCGGCUGUUACCCAUGUGUAUUUCACCGGCCAGAAGACAUAGAUGUCCCUUGCGACUCAGCCCCUGCAUGAGUGCUUUGAGGAUGAAAUGCUACAUAAACUCUUAAAGCACACCACCUGAGGACAUUGCUGGCGACAUGGACAUCAUUAUUUAUUUACAAAUGCUUUAAUCAGGAGGAGCUUUUUUGUAAACAUGAAUUGCCGGGCUCUUUCCUUGAGGUGUCGUUUCUUGUUUCAUGCUAUUGAAACAUUAAUCUUAACUUAUUAUGACUCCUUUGUGUUGGUCAGCUCUCAGGGACAUUUCCCUAGGCUUGAAAAUGUGGGAGCUUUCAAGAACGUGUCAAUCGUGCCAACUCAAGCCACUUGUGGGCUGCCAGACCGAAGUACUUUUUGUGAUAGCUCAGUAGCUGUUCAAAGUAUUAUAUCCUGCACCCAGAGGUUUUGUGUUCAGGAAUGUCCAUACAGGUCGUCCCCUUCGUCCUACACACCACUUCUGUCAGAAGGCCUUGGUACCUGCAUCACAGAGGACAACAGGGACUUGCAUCCAGGGUCUUUCAGCAAUGCUUCCAGUUUUAUUUUUCAUAAUCACAAGGAUUGCUUUUCUACUCCCCGUUUUCCAAGGCUUGCAGCUUCAUUUACGUUAACUGUAUGGCUGAAACCUGAGCAAGAAGGUGUAAUGUGUGUGAUAGAAAAGGCUGUUGAUGGGCAGACUGUGUUCAAACUCACAAUCUCUGAGAAAGAGACCAUGUUUUAUUAUCGCACAGUAAAUGGUUUGCAGCCACCAAUAAAAGUAAUGACACUGGGGAGAAUUCUUGUGAAGAAAUGGAUUCAUCUUAGUGUGCAG